CAGUGCAAAUCAUCGGAACGUAGCGGACGAGUAAGGAUGGCUUCAAGAGUUGCUGUGGUUACCGGAUCUAACAAGGGUGUUGGUUUUGCUAUUGUACGAUCUCUCUGUAAGAAGUUUGAUGGGACAGUAAUCUUAACUGCCCGCAAUGAGGAGCUAGGGAAAAAGGCAGUUGAUGAUCUCAAAGGAGAAGGAUUGAGCCCAUCAUUUCACCAGCUUGAUAUCACAUCAGAUGAAAGCAUUCAAAGAUUUAAAGAACACCUUCAAAAAACAUUUGGAGGUUUGGAUCUUCUAGUCAAUAAUGCUGGUAUUGCAUAUAAGCAAGCAUCUACAGCUCCACAAGCUGAACAAGCAGAAGUGACCAUAAGAACAAACUUUACUGGAACUCUCAAUGUCAGUAAUGCAUUGUUCCCACUACUGAGGCCACAUGCAAGAGUAGUUAACAUUGCAUCUAUGGUUGGUCAUCUCAAAGUAUUACCCAAUGAAGAACUAAGAAAAAAGUUUUCUUCCCUUACGUUGACUGAACAAGAACUUGUAGAUUUGGUAGAUGGAUUUGUGAGAGAUGUCAAGGCUGGAAACCAUGUUGCAAAAGGAUGGCCAAAUACAAUGUAUGGAACUUCCAAAGUUGCAGUUGUAGCCUUGACAAAAGUUCAAGCAAGAAAGAUGCAACAAGAUCCAAGAGAAGACAUUCUCAUUAAUUGUUGUUGUCCUGGCUGGGUGAGAACAGACAUGGCAGGACCAAAAGCACUACUGUCAAUUGAUGAAGGUGCGGUAACCCCAGUACUUGUGUCUCUUCUACCAGAAGGGUCUGGUUACCAAGGUGAAUUCUUCAGAGAAGAAAAAGUUGUUGAGUGGUGAUCAAAUCAUUCUUGAAUGUAAACAUGGCAGAUUAGAAUACAGCCCGUUUUUUUUUUCCUUUUUCUUUUUUGCUUUUGCGACCUAACCGACUUUUGGCUUCCGUCAAUGGAAUUAACGACGGGCCGGGCCGAAGUCAUUCGAGUGUAGCCAUGUUUAGUCUACAGGCAUGGCUCUCGAGUUGUGGGUAUCUUACUUUUUUUCUAAAUUUGAAAAUAAUAAAAUCAAUAGAUAAUUAUG